AUGGAGGUUUACAGCGAUUCGGAGUUGUGGGAGGAGAAGGAUACCUUCGGCCCUUUCAAGGAGUUGAUUGGAGUCUGUUUGAAAGCGGAUCCUUUCAACCAGUACUUGAACAAUCCUCAACAAGUUCGGGACGCUUUAGCAAGACAAGUGGCAGAGGGCACUUGCGCUGAAACAUUAUCAUCACUUGCGAACGGGGUGAGCGGAGCCACCAAUCCGGCUCCUUCCUCAGACAAGUGGUUCGAUCAGCUGCAAAAGCUCAGCAGCGUGACUCGCCUCCCACCAAAAAGACGGGACGCCUCCUACCACCCUGCGAAGAUUGCCGUACUGGAUACAGGCCUUCACCCCUCGUUCUCAGCUGCAGGGUAUGAAGACUUCGUCGAUAGGGCGAACGAGACUAGUCAAGAUGGUUCCGGUCAUGGAACCAGCGCCUUCCAGCUGCUUCAACGUGUAUACAGCGAUGCGCAGAUAUUCGUUGGGCGCGUAUGGAGAACCAAUCGCGCGAGCGACAACACAGCCAGCCUCAUGGCCAAAGUAACUUACACCCUCACAAAGUGUCUUGCAAUGUUGACUGACCUGAGCCAGGCUAUACGUCAUGCUAUAACCAAAUGGGCAGUAGACAUCAUCGUCAUGCCCUCCGGCUUCCAGGCCGAACACGAAGACAUGCUACGAGCAAUCGAAGAGGCGAACGCAGCGCAUAUUCUCAUAUUCGCCGCCGCCUCAAACCACGGCAACCUCAUCGACAUCGCGUUCCCAGCCCGUCUAUACCGCGCAGGCAAACUAUUCUGCAUGUUCUCGACGGACGUCAACGCGAGAAGUCUGCCGGCUUUCAACCCAUCCCCACUACCGGGCGCCAACAGCUUCGCCAUCCUAGGCGAGAACAUCACGCUCGGUAACAGCGCACCUCUGAGCGGGACGUCCUUCUCUGCGGUCAUUGCUGCGGCGCUCGCGGGACGUAUCAUUGACUUUUCCCGGCAUCCGGACACCAGGGACUUGAUUCGUCGACCGGGGCAUCUGAAGCGAGUUGAAGGCAUGGCGUCGGUAUUCGGGAAGAUGGCGAGAACGGAUAAUAGCUACAGGUGCAUUGCACCCUGGAGACUAUUGCCUCAGAUGGAGGACGAGGAUCUGCUGGAUCCGGUGAACCGAUCCCAGAGGAGGUGUACGGAUGACGAAGACGAGAAGAACAAGGACGAAAAUGAGUUCGACGAAUUUGACGACGACGAAGACAGCGAUGAUGAUGAAGAAGACCAAGAUGAUGGAUGCGACAAUAAUGGGGACGGCGAUGAAGAUGAUAAUGAAGACAACACAGACGAGGAUGGAGAAGAAGAAAAUGAUGAUGAGGAUGGUAGCGGUGAUAGUGAUAAUAGUAUGGGGUAG